AUGAAGGUUCCGGUGCCCAGUGAGGGCACUGGCAGAGGCAAGAAAGGAGGUGGGCGCGGAGGAGGAGGAGGGAGAACUCCACAUCGGAAGGCUCCAGCACCACAGCCACCACCGCCCCCAUCCUUCCAGCAAGCAGAGUGGCCAGAUGUGGCAUCAUCUCCUUUUCAGCAGGCGAUCCCCCCAGCAUACGGCAUGACAAGUGGAAUGGCAUAUCCACCUGCGCCUGCGGCUGGCAUGCCGGCCCCGUAUCCAAUGGCAUGUCCUCCAAUGCCCAUGUACGGCAUGAUGCCUUUCAUGCCUUAUCCACAUCCAAUGCAAUACAUGCCAGGAAUGCCAAACCCCGUUCCAGCGCAACCACCUGAAAAAAGUCGAGGCAAGCAAGGCACUCAAGGAAAGGCUUCCCAGAGAGGUGGCGAAGGCGUUAACAAGAAGCGCCGCGGCAAAGCCAAAAGCAAAGAUGGCAAGGGCGAAAAUCCGUCCGACUUGGAAGCCAAUCCCAAUUGCAGUGAGGAGCUCUUGGCUGUACGCAGUGCCCAAGGAAAUGGCGUCAAGGCAAAGCUCUCAUUUCAGGAGGUCUUGCCUCACCUUCUUGAAUUCGCUCAAGACCAGCAUGGAAGCCGCUUCUUGCAAGGGAAGCUGGAUGAAGCUAGCCCAGAAGAAAGGCAGCAAGCAUUCUCCGUGAUUUGUGCGGAUGAUGCUAAUCCGGAUGCAGUGUCGUUGGCGAAAGAUGUGAGUGGCAACUUUGUGGUGCAAAAGCUUUUUGAUAUAGGAACGCAGGAACAGAAGAAGAAGCUGGCCGAAAAGCUGCAGCCUGAAGUUGCAAGUUUGUCGAAAGAUAACUAUGGAUGCCGAGUUGUGCAGAAGGCCAUCGGUGCGGUCUCCAAAGAUUUGCAAGUAAUGCUGGCCUCAUCUUUGCAGAGUAAUGUCACUGACUGCAUCACUAAUAUGCACGGGAAUCACGUGGUGCAAAAGUGCAUUGAGCAAAUGCCUCCUGACUCUGUGAGCUUCAUUAUCCAUGCAGUGCAGAGUGAUACGGCGGCGCUGGCUUCUCAUAUCUAUGGCUGUCGUGUAAUCCAAAGGCUUCUCGAGCACUGUGCAUCUGGACAACUUACGGAGAUGCUGGACAGGAUUCUAAGCAACAUCGAAGUCCUGUCUAAGAACCAGUUUGGCAACUAUGUUGUGCAGCAUAUGCUGGAGCAUGGCCGCAUCCAGGACAAAGAGCGGAUCAUCGAUGUAGUUGAGAAGUGCUUUGAGGCAUCAACUAUAGGAGAGCAUGCAAAGGAGCUUGAGGGCAAACGUGCUCAACUUGUUGAUGCAGUGCUGGGGCAACCUGGUGACGUCAACAGCCCUUUGUGCGAGAUGAUGACCCACAGGUAUGGCAACUAUGUUGUUCAACGUUUGAUGGAGCAUAGCCGUGGAACAGAGAGGGAGCGGAUCUACCGCACAUUGAACUCACUGCCAAUUGAUUUCAAGUCACAUCAGCAUGGUAUGCACAUUAUGAACGCCUUGCAGAAGGACUUCAAAGAGUUCAAUCCCGAUGGAUAUGCUCAAGGCUGA